CUGUCCAUCAGCUGCUGCCUGUCAGUGGUGUCAUUGGUGCUCCUCUGUCCACAUCUUAGUUAGGGACAAGCACGUCGCCAUGGCCCCCGGAAAGAAGAACCGAGUCUUUGUCAUCGGUGUGGGCAUGACAAAGUUUGACAAGCCUGGAGCCCGAGAAAAUGAUGACUACCCUGAGAUGGCCAAGGAGGCAGGUGUAAAGGCUCUGGCAGAUGCAGGAAUCCCGUACUCGGCCGUUGAACAGGCCUGUGUGGGUUAUGUCUAUGGGGACUCCACUUGUGGGCAGAGAGCUAUUUACCACAGUUUGGGUCUGACGGGGAUCCCCAUCAUCAACGUCAACAACAACUGCUCCACAGGCUCCACCGCUCUGUUCAUGGGCCGUCAGCUAAUCAUGGGAGGUCUUGCUGAUUGUGUCCUUUCUCUUGGUUUUGAGAAGAUGGAGAGAGGUUCCUUGUCUACUAAGUAUAUGGAUCGGACCAAUCCCCUGGACAAGCACAUGGAAGUGAUGAUUAACCGUUAUGAGAUGGCUGCAGCUCCAGCAGCACCACAGAUGUUUGGCAACGCUGGAAGGGAGCACAUGGAAAAAUAUGGCACCAAACCAGAACAUUUUGCCAAGAUUGCCUGGAAAAACCACAAGCAUUCUACCAAUAACCCGUAUUCCCAGUUCCAGGACGAGUACAGUCUGGAGCAGGUGAUGAACUCCAGGAAGGUGUUCGACUUCCUGACUCUCCUGCAGUGUUGUCCGACUUCAGAUGGCGCCGGAGCAGCGGUUUUGGCCAGUGAGGAUUUUGUCAGGACGCAUCAGCUGGAAGGUCAGGCUGUGGAGAUCGUGGCUCAGGAGAUGGUCACUGACCUUUCUUCUACGUUUUCAGAAAACAGCUGCAUUAAGAUGGUUGGAUACGACAUGACCCGCUUGGCGGCCAAAAAGUGCUUUGAAGCUGCGGGUCUGAAGCCAAGCGACGUUGAUGUGAUUGAGCUGCACGACUGCUUUUCGGCCAAUGAGCUCAUCACUUACGAGGCUUUGGGCUUGUGUGAUGAAGGUAAAGCUGGUGAGCUCAUUGACAGAGGGGACAACACGUACGGUGGCAAGUUUGUGGUCAAUCCCAGUGGAGGCCUCAUCUCCAAAGGUCAUCCUCUUGGAGCCACAGGUCUAGCUCAGUGUGCAGAGCUGUGCUGGCAGCUUCGAGGGAAGGCGGACCGCAGGCAGGUCCCAGGAGCCAAAGUGGCCUUACAGCAUAACAUUGGCCUGGGGGGAGCGGUGGUUGUCACCAUUUAUAAGAUGGGUUUCCCGCAGGAAAUGAGGUCCACCAGAGGUUCAUCAGGCAGCUCAAAGGACGGCAAUCUGGAAGGUUUCAAAUCGCACUCCGUCUUCAAAGAGAUUGAAAACCAGCUUCGGCAGAAAGGCGAGCAGCUGGUGAAGAGGGUCGGUGGCGUCUUUGCUUUUCGAGUGAAGGACGGCCCCGGCGGUAAAGAGGCAACGUGGGUGGUGGAUGUGAAGAACGGCAGAGGAUCUGUGCUGAAUGAGUCUGGGGAAAAGGCAGACUGCAUGCUGACCAUCAGCGACCAUGAUCUACUGGACUUGAUGAGCGGAAAGUUAAACCCACAAACGGCGUUCGUCAAAGGAAAGCUGAAGGUCUCAGGAAACCUGGGAAUGGCCAUGAAGCUGCAGAACCUGCAGGUUUCUCCAGGCAAAGCAAGGCUUUAAAAGCUUAAACCUUUGAGACAAACUCAUUGUUUUACUGUUAGUAUGAAUGAUCUCAUCAAACGCUUACAAAGUCCCCUUGAUUUUCCUUCCAUUAUCGAUUUACUACAUCGGUUAAAUUUUGCAUCUUUUUUCUUUGUAAUUUUACACAAACAUUCUGUGAUUUAUUAUUAUUUUUAUUUGAAGGAGAAAUUAUACAACAUGUUAAUAUAAUCAUGUAGCUAUAAGAACGAUGUGCCUCUGAUUUGUAAUAAUGAGCUGUUUUUGACCUUAUCCACUGUGAUAAACACUUUUACAAGAGUCUGUAAAUGAUGUCUAAUUUUUACUAAAUAAAAAUCUAUAGAAUCUAUAACAACAAGAA